GAUGCUGCGCAUGCGCAGGCAGGUACAUCCGGGACUUUUCAGAGGAGCCAAUAUGGCGGAGUCCUCCUUGGGGAAUUCAAGCCCAGGAGUGUCUGUGGGAUCAGACAGUGUGGAUUUGGACCGGUCCAUAGAGAGAGUGAAUGAGUUUGAGGACGAACGUACAGGAGAGGACGAGGAUCUGACCAGAGACACCACCUUCACCGCAGAGAUAGAAGAGCUCACACGGGAGGGCGAGAUGCCGAUCCAGGAGCUGCGCAGUCUGUACGGCUACGAGGCCUCUGGCUCUCCCGAGGAAGAGGAAGAGGAGGAGGAGGAGGAGGAAGACGACGGAGAGGAGGAGGAUGAAGAUGAUGAAGUAGAGGAGGUGGAUAACGAUGAGAGCAGCAGGAGCACCGGGGAGCUCAAGAGGAACAAGGAUGAAUGUGUGAAGAGUGUGUCUCAUGGUGUGGACAGUCAGAGUGGUGGUGAAGGUCGUUCUCUCUCUGCUAAAGAACUUCUCCACUCUCAGAACUGCAGAUACUUCAACAAUAACGAAGUGGACGAGGAGUCUGAGGAGGAUGAGGACUACGUUCCCUCAGAGGACUGGAAAAAAGAGAUCAUGGUGGGGUCGAUGUACCAGGCUGAAACUCCUGCAGGACUCUGUAAAUAUAAAGAGAACGAGCGAGUCUACGAGAAUGAUGAUCAGCUGCUCUGGAACCCAGAGUUCCUCCCCGAGCAUACGGUGGUGGAGUUCCUAACAGAGGCGUGUAAACGCACCGGGGACGAGACCGGGGUCGACGCCAUACCUGAGGGCUCUCACAUCAAAGAUAACGAACAGGCAUUGUAUGAACUAGUAAAGUGUGACUUUGACACAGAAGAAGCUCUGAGAAGACUGCGGUUUAACGUUAAAGCGGCCCGAGAAGAGCUGUCUGUGUGGACGGAGGAGGAAUGUAGACAUUUUGAACAGGGCCUAAAGGCUUAUGGGAAAGAUUUUCACCUCAUCCAAGCUAACAAGGUCAGGACGCGGUCAGUGGGAGAGUGCGUAGCCUUCUAUUACAUGUGGAAGAAAUCCGAGCGAUAUGACUUCUUCGCUCAGCAAACGCGACUCGGAAAGAGGAAGUACAACCUUCACCCGGGCGUGACGGAUUAUAUGGAUCGGCUGUUAGAUGAGACUGAGAGUGCAGCAUCGAGUCGAGCAGCCACGCCCCUUACCACCAUUGGCCAAUCAGAGAGAGAAGAUGGCUCCACCCACAACGGUCUGAGCACACACGGCUCCGUCCUAAACGCAGACUCCGCCCACAUGGACGCGAAACGCGAGAAUCUGCAACUGGACGGAACCGACCCGUCCCGCGAUUCCAACGGCUGUGAACGGAACGGAUCACUAAAGCGUCAACAAGACGGCCAAAGUGCGGAACGGCCAGCUAAAAAAUACAGGACAGAGUCAGACCCCCCCGUCCACAAUGAAAUGGACUCUUCAGAGGUUAAAGAGAACUGACCUGCUGAUGCAGGACACAUCCGGACCCCCUGUCCACGCCGAAAUGGACUCUUCUGAGGUUAGAGAACUGAACUGCUGAAGCAGGACAGAGAUAGACCCCCUGUCCGAGCUGAAAUGGACUCUUCCAAGGUUGAUUUCCUGAAGCAGAACGGACUCGGGUUCCCCUCGCCUAUGCCAUAAUGGACUCUUCCGAGAUUACAGAACACUUGUGAUGCAGGACUCCCCCAUCUGUGCUGAAAUGGACUUUCCUGGGGUGUAAAGAACACUGAAUUGCCGAUGGAGCAGAAACCAAAGGCCAUACCAAAUACAAAUAAGACAGUGGGGGUUUAUUUUACAGAUCCUGAUUGUAGGAUUUUGUCACAAUCCAAAGUUGCGGUGGACGAGAUGCUGGUUAGCGUAGUCUGGUUUUACACAGAACAUGUCUAUUCUAUUUGUACCGGAAUUUACCUGAUUAUUUUUUUACCUCUGAGAUAUAUUUAUAUUUUCUACGGACGGUCAGAGAGAGAGAGACGAGAGAGAGACAGACAGGUGUCUGUCUGGACAUGGCGUCGCUCUGGCGGGAUUGUACAGAUUUGUACAGAAAUCACACUUUUGAUAAUUGCUCUGUACACUUCCUGUUUCUGUCCUUCCCCUUCCUUUAAAGACAAAACUUCAGUUUGUGGUUUAUUUUUUUUGAGCUGCGACAAAAACGACCUCGAGAUGAAAAUGAAAUCAAUCUCAGUCUCCUUAA